AUUGACAGAUCCAUAUUCCCCAGCUCUAACAGCCUAGUAUUGACUUUACCAACUCAAAUCACAGCCAACACUAAAACCCCCAAAUUAAACUCAAAAUCUUGAUGACCCAUCUGUUAUAAUCACAUAUUGAUGAUGAUUAUGGCAAAAAGUUGUGAUCUUUGACAGACCCACAAGCAGAUUUUUGUGGGAUUUUCGAGAAAUGGCUUGGAACAAUCCAUUUCAAGAAGUUGCAAAUUCAAAGCCACUGUUUUUAACCAUCUAUGGGACUGUUAUUAUUGGCAUUAUAGUCUCUUCUUUCUAUGUUUUUUCUGCUAUUUAUUCUCCUAAUUCUACAACUAUCUGGCAGUCCUCACCUCCUGCUAACAGUUCUCCCCUCUUAGAUCAUAAUAUCAAUGCAUCAUACCGAACAACAGGAGGCAAAAUGUUGGAACCCAAGCCUCAACCUGUAAAAAAUAUGUCAAGACCUCUUAUGGAGGUACCCCCUUCUGGUUCCAAGAUGCCACCACUGGAGUAUUUUAAACUGACAAAAGAGUUGGUAGAGAAAAGGGUGAAAGAUAAUGUAAUAGUAGUGACCUUUGGUAACUACGCUUUUAUGGAUUUUAUUCUGACCUGGGUUAAACAUUUAACAGAUUUACAUGUUGAUAAUAUUCUUGUUGGAGCAAUGGACACAAAACUAUUAGAGGCUUUGUAUUGGAAAGGUGUUCCAGUUUUUGAUAUGGGUAGCCACAUGAGCACAGUAGACGUUGGAUGGGGCUCAAAAGCAUUUCAUAAAAUGGGAAGAGAAAAAGUUAUUUUGAUAGACGCCGUCCUACCAUAUGGAUAUGAACUACUGAUGUGUGAUACAGACAUGGUUUGGCUUAAGAAUCCGCUUCCCUAUCUUGCACGUUACCCUGAAGCUGAUGUCUUGACAUCAUCUGAUCAAGUUGUGCCAACAGUUGUUGAUGACAGGUUGGACAUAUGGCAACAAGUUGGCGCUGCCUACAACAUUGGAAUUUUCCACUGGCGUCCAACAGAUUCUGCUAAGAAAUUGGCGAAAGAGUGGAAAGACAUGCUUUUGGCUGAUGAUAAGAUUUGGGAUCAAAAUGGUUUUAAUGAUAUCGUACGCAGGCAAUUGGGACCAUCUGUUGAUGAGGAAAGUGGACUUGUAUAUGCAUAUGAUGGUAACCUAAAGCUAGGUAUCCUGCCAGCAAGUAUUUUCUGCAGUGGGCAUACUUACUUUGUUCAGGCCAUGUAUCAACAAUUCAGAUUGGAACCAUAUGCUGUACACACUACAUUUCAGUAUGCAGGAACAGAAGGAAAACGUCACCGAAUACGAGAAGCAAUGGCUUUCUAUGAUCCACCUGAAUACUAUGACCCCCCAGGAGGUUUCUUAACAUUUAAACCAUCAAUACCAAAGAGUUUAUUACUGGAUGGAGAGCAUACUGUUGAAUCACACUUUACCCUUAUAAACUAUCAAAUGAAACAGAUUAGGACGGCGCUUGCUGUUGCUUCAUUGUUGAACCGUACACUGGUUAUGCCUCCACUAUGGUGCAGGUUGGAUAGGUUAUGGUUUCCGCAUCCUGGAGUUUUGGUGGGAUCCGUGACAAGGCAGCCCUUUAUAUGCCCUUUGGACCAUGUAUUCGAGGUCAAUGUCAUGUUGCGUGACUUGCCUGAAAUAGAAUUUGGACCGCAGAUCAAGUUCAGGGAGUAUUCCCUCUUUGAAAAUUCUUUGAUGCCUGCACAGGUGAAAGAGUCAUGGCUUGAUGUACAAUUGUGUCAAGAUGGUACAGAAGGUUGUGGAGUAACAAAUAGUACAGGUCCACUGGGAGUUCUAAAGUUUCCUAAGAGAAGCAGUGAAGAAAAGUUUGAAGCAGUAUUCUCCUUGUACAAGGAUAUGAAAGUCAUCCAGUUCUCAUCCAUGCAGGAUGCCUUCCUCGGGUUCUCUGACAAGACGACGGAGGAAAAAUUCAGAGCCCGUGUGAAGAGGUACACAGGCAUAUGGUGUUGCGUGACUAACCACACACCUGGUCACAUAUACUAUGACAUGUACUGGGACGAGAAGCCUGGGUGGAAACCCAUCCCACCUCAAACUCCAGAAGAUGAUCAUCCACCAACAUGAGACCUGUAUAUGUUUGUCAACUACAAGGUUUAUUUAAUGCAUCUCUUGAAGCCGUUGAGAAGAGCAGAAAGAGAUUUUUACAACCUGGCUCACGGUGUGUAAACAGAAGAACCGUGACGAUCCUAUAAAUUCUGCAUUUCAACUUUGAGUAGUUACAGAUAUAUUUUUACAUAGAAAGAGGCGGGUAAUUGGGUACAACUUGUAUAUUAAUGUCAAAAAAUUUUGUUUUGUUACAAGCAUGGGUUAGUUUACCCGAAUUCUUGAAUCAGGUAAACAUUUCGAAGCUUUUCUGUUGGUUUUUAUAUAGUACCUCGCCUUACGAACUGAA